AUGGACGAGAAGAAAAUUGUGACCCCAACAGCUGAACUCUCUGAACAUGCCUCUAUUUCUAUCAACAAUGCUUCCCAUUAUGAAGCGACCCCUGUUGAAAGAGAGACGGUAAAGAGGAAGCUUAAGUCACGUCAUAUGCAGUUUUAUGCUAUUGGAGGCACAAUUGGAACGGGUCUAUUCGUGGGUAUUGGUGGUGGUCUUGCCCAAGCGGGUCCGCUGUCUCUCCUAUUGGGCUAUAGCAUUACUAGUAUCUUCAUAUUUGCUAUGAUGCGAUGUCUUGGAGAAAUGACAACAUGGAUACCACUACCUGGAGCUACGCCUAGAUUCUGCUCGCGUUUCGUUGACGAGGCGUUGGGAUUUGCUGUUGGCUGGAAUCAGUGGUAUAAUUGUGCAAUCACAGUCUGUGCAGAGAUAUCCGCUGCUGCUGCGGUUAUUCAGUACUGGAACGAUACUAUUUCGCCUGCUGUUUGGAUCUCCAUUAUUCUAGUUUUAAUUUUUAUCUUCAAUCUCAUCGAUGUGGGAAUCUUUGGAGAAGUUGAAUUCGUAUUUUCUUGCGUCAAAAUCGUGGCCUUGGUCGGCCUCCUCAUCCUAUCUCUAGUCAUAGAUCUAGGAGGUGGCCCCACCCAUGAUAGACUUGGAUUUCGAUACUGGCACAACCCUGGCGCUAUGGUAGAGUACAUUGCCAGCGGCGACACAGGACGUUUUCUUGGCCUUUUUAACGCCAUUGUCAAUGCAGGAUUCGCCUUUGCCGGCAUAGAAAUGGUUGCCGUUGCAGCAGGAGAGACAGAAAACCCCCGAUACAACAUUCCCAAGGCUAUCAACCGUCUCUUCUGGCGUAUCAUCUUCUUUUAUAUCCUCGGCACGUUGGCUAUCGGAGUGAUGGUUCCAUACACUGAUGAUCGACUCCUGAACGGUGGUGCUGGUGUUGCCAGCUCACCUUGGGUCAUUGGAAUCUCGCGUGCCGGCAUCAAGGUGCUGCCGUCCAUUAUCAACGCUGUUGUCCUCAUUUCUGCUGCUUCGUCUGGCAAUGCACUGCUAUACAGUGGUAGCCGAUAUCUGCUUGCUCUGGCUGAAGGCGGCCAGGCCCCAAAAUUUCUCCUAAAGUGCACCAAGAGGGGAGUUCCUAUUUAUUGUGUCCUCUGCACCGGUGCUCUUGCACCUCUCACCUACAUGGCUGUUAGCUCUGACAGUGCCCGAGUGUUCUCGUGGUUCGCCAAUCUUGUUACAACUGCCGCCUUAUUCACGUGGUGCAGCAUUUGCAUCGCUUACAUUGGUUUUGAUCGUGCACUUCGUGCGCAAGGAAUAAACCAGAAUGAAGAGCUGGCUUUCAAGGGCUUCUUGCAGCCAUACAUAUCUUACAUCAGUCUUGUAUUCUUCAUAAUUGUCAUCAUCUUCAAUGGCUUUAGCGUCUUUAUUCAUGGCCACUGGGAUACACAGAAGUUUGUGGUGUCCUACGUCGGCAUUCCUAUUUUCUUCACCCUAUUCCUUGGAUGGAAGUUUAUUAAGAAGACCAAGCUCCAUUCCGCUGAAGAAAUUGACCUUCACACAGGACGCCAGCUGGACGAAUCUACGGAGUACGCAGAAAAGCCAAAGGGUAUGCUUGAUCGGCUCUGGAAAUGGGCUGCAUGA